CCCCUACCCAGGAAUAGAGCCCCAGGGAGCACCUGCACUACCCUACCUUGGCUAGACUCACAGCUGCCUCCUGGAACUGAAGUAAAGGAUUGCCAGGCUCCUUGGACCUCAGAAGGAACCAGGCCCAUCUGCCCGGCACCAUGGUUGGACUUCAGCCAUCAGAAGUGCCUCCCACAACAGUUGUGAAGUUCCUGGGGGCUGGCACUGCAGCCUGUUUUGCAGACCUACUCACCUUCCCCCUGGACACCGCCAAGGUCCGCCUGCAGAUCCAGGGGGAGAAUCCAGGGAUGCAGAGAGUGCAGUACCGGGGUGUGCUGGGUACCAUCCUGACCAUGGUGCGCACCGAGGGUCCCUGCAGCCCCUACAGUGGGCUGGUUGCUGGCCUCCACCGCCAGAUGAGCUUUGCCUCCAUUCGAAUUGGCCUCUACGACUCUGUCAAACAGUUCUACACCCCCAAAGGAGCUGACCACUCCAGCAUCGCCAUCAGGAUUCUGGCAGGCUGUACCACGGGAGCCAUGGCAGUGACCUGUGCCCAGCCCACAGAUGUGGUGAAGGUCCGAUUUCAAGCCAUGAUACGUCUGGGAACUGGAGGCGAGAGGAAAUACAAAGGGACUAUGGAUGCCUACAGAACCAUCGCCAGGGAGGAAGGAAUCAGGGGCCUAUGGAAAGGGACUUGGCCCAACAUCACGAGAAAUGCCAUUGUCAACUGUGCUGAGAUGGUGACCUAUGACAUCAUCAAGGAGAAGCUGCUGGACUCUCACCUGUUCACUGACAACUUCCCCUGCCACUUUGUCUCUGCCUUUGGAGCCGGCUUUUGUGCCACAGUGGUGGCCUCCCCAGUGGAUGUGGUAAAGACCAGGUACAUGAAUGCCCCCCCAGGCAGAUACCGCAGCCCUCUGCACUGUAUGCUGAAGAUGGUGGCGCAAGAGGGCCUCACGGCCUUCUACAAAGGAUUUGUGCCCUCCUUCCUGCGUUUGGGAGCCUGGAACGUGAUGAUGUUUGUAACCUAUGAACAGCUAAAACGUGCCUUGAUGAAAGUCCAGGUGUUGCGGGAAUCUCCAUUUUGAACAAGGCAAGAGGGCCACAUGGUGCUUUCCUCGUAAGAGACUGCCUAGAACAGCAUAAAACCUCAGCUCUCUGCCCAGCAGACGCAGCAGACCCAGCGGACCCAGGCCCACACAUUACAGAACUCUGUGCUUGUUGCUGAAGAAACUGAACUAAAAGAAGAGGACAGUUUUAGUCUUCGUGUUUUGUCCUAAAACACCUUAGUUUUGCACUGACCUGUUGGGAAUUAAAUUAUAUUAAUUUUUAAAAUUUCUGGUUGGAUGCCUAACAUUUAGGCAAGAGAAAACACAGAAAAUCAGAUUCCUUUGGACAAAAGGGAGAUUUGCCAACUCCCCUGAAACGUAGGGUUAGGCGAUGAAUAUUAAGCAGGAAAUGCUGCAAGCAUUGGGAAGAUUAUCCCGCUGCACAGUGGAACCAGAUAAAUGCCCAGAGUGACAUUUCAACCUCAGUGCAAAGCUGUGACUGCAGCCCCACAGUCACCUGAGGGACGUCUGCCCUUCUGUAACGAGGCUGCCAAGUAGACUUCAUUAGGACUGGAGAAAAUGAGAAAGGAAAAAGAAAACAUUGAGAGCAUACAAAUGAGUCUGGCUGGGCCCUCGCAGGACACCGGAGGACGGAGGGUGCACAGUGGCUAACAGUCCCUCCUUGUCUACCUCAGGGUGCUGGGAGGACCGAAUGAGAAACAGGGCAUGGGAGCACUUUAGAAAAACAAUGCCUGCCUACAAAUGUAAACUUGAAGGCAAUGCUGUAGGAGAGUUUGUCCAGAGAGGAAGCCUGAGGGAAAUGCAGUUUGUAGUGGUAAAGCCACACACACCAGCAUGGUGAAGACCACGGAUGACUGAAGCCAUGGGAGCCUGCUGCCUGGUGACCUCAAAGGGCUGUGGAUCAGAAGAGACACUACCUGUCUGUCAGUCCAAAGCAGCAGGACCCAGAAUAUUUAGGAAAUCACUAUGACUCCCACCUUGAGGGAAAUAAGAAUGACUGCUUUUUAGCCUUCUCUCCCGGACAGAUUUUCUCAAGUCCUGCUUGUUAGGGUGAUGACAGACCCGUCUCCGUCUCCACACGCCUAGACUUCCUUCUUUUCUCUCACUGCCUUUGGCUGCAGAGACAAUGCUCUACCUGUUAAGCCUUCAGCCUUCCAUCUACAGAAAGCAGGGCUGAAAUACAGGACCAACUUCCAAGCUUCAGACUGCACAUCUGGACCCUUUCCUCAGCUGCCGCCAAGGUGCUCAGUCCUAC